AAGGGCUAACAAUCUAAAGUGGAGCGGACCUCAAACUUCCGCUAUUCCUGUGAAAAGCAUUGCGUAGUGCCGUUGAACGCGCAAACUAACAAUAGACCUCCGAAAGGACCUUACGGGGCCUCUUAUUCAGAAAGGCUCGCUGCGUAGAAUUUCUCGUGCGUGCGUGUGAGAUAGUGGGGUUGAGCAAAAGGGGCGUAGCCUCCGCUAUGGCAGGCCCUUGCAGGUGGUGGUUGUCAGUCCGUGGCAGCGGGUUAUGGCGACAGUGGUGAUGAAUGAAUUCUCCGGGAGCGAGAGGGAAGAAAAAGGGCUUAGGCGCCUCCAGCUCCCCAACUCGGGCCGCCGGGGCCUCCCCUUCAUCCGCGGCCGGCCCGGCUCCCGCCCCACACCGCCAACAGGCGGCGGUGGCUUCUCCUCACAAGCGGAAUCUCUACUAUUUCUCGUAUCCGCUUUUCGCGGUCUUCGCGCUGCUUCGCUUCCUCGCCUUCCAGCUCGGGCUGCUCUUCGCCUGGCUCUGCGAGCGUUUCUCCCGCGGCGGGGCGUUGAUGGCAGCCGCCAAGGGCACCAGCCGGGCCGGGGAUGCGCCCGAGUCGGUACGAACCUGUCACAAGCGCGCCUUCGAGUGCAUCUCCACGGCGCUGCGCAUCGACGAAGACGAGGCCGCAGGACAAAAGGAACAAGCUGUUGAAUGGUAUAGAAAGGGAAUUGAAGAACUGGAGAAAGGAAUAGCUGUAUUAGUUACUGGUCAAGGAGACCGUUAUGAUCGAGCUCGUCGCCUCCAGUCUAAAAUGAUGACAAAUUUGGCAAUGGCCAAGGACCGUUUGCAGCUGUUAGAGAAGAUGCAGGCAGUUAAGCAAAUUCCCAAGCCGCAAAUGGAAGUCUGUAGUGACAAUACUAACCUGGUAUGCCGCAAUGGACAUCUCCAGUCAGAAAGUGGAACUGUUCCAAAAAAGAAGGAUCCAUUGUCUCACAGUAGUAAUUCACUUCCUCGUUUAAAAUCUGUGGCAAAGGCUGGAUCUGGAGGACUUUCUGGGCAGCAAAGAACACCUAGUUAUACUGGAGUUUCUAAUUUUUCUCUACCUAGAGUAGGAAGUGUUCCUUCAGCUGCAACUCAGAAGGCUACUCCAAAAAAUAAUAGAGCUACCAGGCCUUCUACUCCUUCAACUGCUGUACGAAAAAAGAAAGACAUGAAGAUUUUUAAAAACGUGGAUAGUAACCUUGCUAAUCUUAUUCUCAAUGAAGUUGUAGACAGUGGGCCAUCUGUCAAAUUUGAUGAUAUUGCUGGGCAGGAGUUGGCUAAACAGGCACUGCAAGAAAUUGUUAUCCUUCCAUCACUUAGACCUGAAUUGUUUACAGGACUUAGGGCUCCUGCACGUGGAUUGUUGUUGUUUGGCCCACCAGGAAAUGGGAAGACGAUGCUGGCCAAAGCAGUGGCUGCAGAAUCAAAUUCAACCUUCUUUAGCAUAAGUGCUGCAAGUCUGACAUCAAAAUAUGUUGGUGAAGGGGAGAAACUAGUGCGUGCACUUUUUGCAGUCGCCAGAGAACUUCAGCCUUCUAUCAUUUUUAUUGAUGAAGUGGAUAGUUUAUUAUGUGAAAGAAGAGAAGGUGAACAUGAUGCUAGUCGACGUUUAAAAACAGAAUUCUUAAUCGAGUUUGAUGGUGUACAGUCUUCAGGAGAAGAUCGCAUUUUAGUAAUGGGAGCAACUAACAGGCCACAGGAGCUUGAUGAUGCUGUGCUCAGGCGAUUCACCAAACGAGUAUAUAUAUCGUUACCCAGUGAAGAGACACGACUGCUUUUACUAAAAAAUCUCUUGAGCAAACAAGGAAACCCACUAACCCAGAAGGAAUUGGCACAGUUAGCUAGAAUGACAGACGGAUACUCGGGUAGUGACUUAACAGCAUUAGCGAAAGAUGCAGCGUUGGGCCCUAUACGAGAGUUAAAACCAGAGCAGGUGAAGAACAUGUCUGCUAGUGAGAUGAGGAACAUUCGGCUGUCAGAUUUUGAUGAGUCUUUGAAGAAAAUAAAAUGCAGCCUUAGCCCUCAGACUCUAGAUGCUUACAUUCGCUGGAACAAGGCCUUUGGAGACACUACAGUUUGACAGACAGCUUUAUCAAAGGAGGGGAGAAUGCUGUCAGGAAAGGACAGCUGAUUCAAACCAAUGCUGGAUGUUUAGAAGACAUCAGCAGUUACUGCACUAAAGGCAAGACUGGUUUUUAAAAACAGAAUACAAUAGUUGAUGAGCUCCCUAAACUUUAAUACCAGGAUUUACACCCAGCACACUAUGAGAGCACAGUAAAAUGAGUAAAAUGGGGAGGAAAAUUCUACCAAACAAAUGAUAGGGAAAAAAUGUACUUUGCAUUUUUUUUGUGUUUUACAAAAGUUGCUCAUGAUAUUUACUUUUGUUUUAUUUUUCUUAAUCAGUAAGCCUUGUUUCUCUGUUUCUUGUGUAUUGAUAAUGUGCCAAAUUUUAAAAAAUCCGUAUGCAUAAGGGUAUUGUUUUGAAAGGCCCACAAUACAAAGCGACUCUGUAGUCUGUUCUUUCUACCUGUGGAGUCCCACAGUCAAUAUAGUAGUAUAACCAGCUGGUAUACCAAAUGGCUUAAAGUUGUCAAUCUUUUUCCUGCAGUAUUUCUUCAGUGCAGUUAUAAAUAUCCAUUACAGGAUCAUUGUUUUUGUAUCAUAGUCAAAGAAAGCUUGAAUAGUACUAAUUCAAAUCAAUGGCAGAGUUUCUCUUCAGUGCUAGGUUUGUGUUCACAAUGACCAAAAGCCAGGGAAUUUUUCACUCUGGUGAUUUUCAAAUAUACGCACGUGAUCAUAACUGCAAUUACUUGUUUAAUUGUGUUGGUCUUUUGUAUCUUCCAUGUACUUCAGAUUAUAGUUAGGCAACAAUUUUUUGAAGUUUUUAUUAAAUGACUUGUAAAUUGAUGGGCUUUUAAUAUUAAAGGAACAGAUCUAUUUACUUCUCUAAUAUGAUUGGUGUUUACAAAAUGGAUAAUUUAUUCAAUUAUAUGUUUGAUUGCUAUAAUGGAAAGGAUAUGAAGUAAAUACGUGACUAAAGACUAAUUCAUUUUUUAAAAUUUAGUAGCUGUGCAAAAGGAUAGAAAAAGUGAGACAAAGGCAUACAUUUCUGUUAAAAUGUUGGCACUGUUUUUUGAAGGGUACUUUGGAACUUGAAGCAGAAUUUCAUGAACUUUAUUUAAAUUUUAUUUGACAAUUCAUAGUAAUAUUUGCAAAUCAACAAUAAACUCCUGAUCUUCAACUAAGCUUUUCACAUUUCUACAGAUCCCUUCAGUUGCUAUAUCAUAGAAGAAACUAUGCCAUAUGUGCAAAGGCAAAUCUAAAAAACUAAUAUAUUGUUCUAUUUAGCUAUUGCUAAAUUGUUGUAUGAUUUGUUAAACCAUCACAGCUUUAUUUAAAAUAUAAUACAAGUAUAUUACAUGGCUCUUAA